AUGCAUAACCAUUUAGAUAUAUACGAUGCUAUCAAACAUCUCCUUGCCCUGCAUCACAGAUCAUGUUCAGGAAUGUGCAACAAAAGAGUCAGUCGACGAUUCGACGUGCUGAGUCAACUGCAGAAGGACAACAUUGAGAUGUAUUACGAAGUCGGAUCAGUGCUGGGAUCGGGCAAGUUCGCCACAGUAAGAGUUUGCAGGAACAAGCAGACUAGCAAAACAUUUGCAGGCAAGUUUGUCAGACGUCGACAGCCGUGUAGAACUCAACAAAUGUGUCAGCCUCGCUCGAAGGGUGAUGUACAAACUGAGAUCAACAUUCUUCAGUCCCUCUCCUUGCACGAGAACAUCAUCAGACUGUUUGAAGUUUAUGAAGGGCCUCUCGAAGUUGUUCUUAUGCUCGAAUUAAUAUCAGGCGGAGAAUUGUUCCAUUAUUUAGUGAAGAGAGAGAGGGUGAGUGAAGAUGAGGGGGUGUUUUUUUUGAAGCAGGUACUUCAAGCCACACAGUACAUGCACGCUAAAAAUAUUGUUCAUCUCGAUCUUAAGCCUGAAAACUUGAUGCUGGAGAGCGAGGUGAGCAAGAAAUUGAAAAUAAUCGAUUUCGGCCUGUCCGUGCAGCUGAGUGAGUCUGUGGAGUGGAGGGAACUGACUGGCACCCCAGAGUUUGUCGCACCAGAGGUGAUAAACUUCGACCCGGUGACAGCAGCGGCAGACAUCUGGAGCAUCGGAGUCAUCGCAUUUAUUACUUUAAGCGGGUUUUCUCCAUUCCUGGCGGAUGACAAGCAGGCGACUCUAGCAAACGUAAGCAGGGCGGAAUAUGAAUUUGAUGAAAAUUAUUUCAAAACCACCAGCCAUCUGGCCAAGGAUUUCAUUCAAAACCUUCUGGUCAAAAAUCCAAGAAAAAGACCCACAGCAACUGAAUGCUUAGAACAUCCGUGGAUAAAUGUAAAACUUUUUUUUCGCCUCAUAUCAUCAUCGUCAACGUCGUCAUCUUCAUCACCACCAUCAUUAUCAGCCAAAAGACAUAAACGAACUGGCAAACAGAAGAAAAUCGCGUUUGAACUUAACAAACUUGAAAUCGUUUAUGGCUCGAAGAAGAUGGAUGCAGUCCUUCCACGCCAUCUCCUUGUUCAACCACCUCUCACACAAAGUCAGGAGCGGCAAGGACGCAACUUCAUCAUCCACCGCGCCAUCGUCCUUGAUAACUUCAUCUUCGCCAUCAACGACGCCAUCAUCAUCAACAAAAUCAUCAACAGUGCCAUCUGCGUCAACAACAAACUUGCUUAG